AUCUUGUUGAACUAAACCCUCUGUGUCUUUCUCUCAUGGCUUUCAGUUUGACCUUCUCUUCUGUGCAUCACAAUCAGCACCCUUUACUUUACAAACCUUUCCUUUUUCCCCCACCAAAGCCCCUUCACUUCGUUUCUCUCCAGCCCACCAGAGCCAUUGGUCCCGACGGAAAGUAUUACCCCGACCCAGCAGACGAUGAGCCUCCUGAAGUCCCUGAAGACGCAGCUCAUGGCGUGUCCAAAUUCCAACAAAUUCAUCUCCAAGCUGCCAGAGCUCGGAAGCGUCAAGAAGAAGACUUUAAAGCUCACCAGUCCACUUAUCUCGCCGCCAUUGCUGACGUUGAAGACCCCUCUGUUAAUUCCACUGCUUCUCAAGAUGAUGACUUUUUCGCUGAAAUUGAUAAAGCUGUUGCUAUGAAACGAGAUGAGUUUGUUAAAAAGGGUCUUAUAAAGCCUAAGAAACAGGAAGCUGAUAUUCUUCAAGGUAUUGAAGAAUUGGAAGCGGAAGAAGUUGUUGACUUGGAAGAGAUUGAUGAAUUGCAGGGUUUAAGAGUUGUUUCUGAAGAUGAAGAAAAGGAGGUUUUUGAUGAGAGGCCAAGUAAGUUUGAUCUUAAUCUUGAUGGCACUAGUGAUAAGUAUAAAGACAAAGGUAAUGGGUUGAUGUUAGAUUCGUCUUUUGAUUUGGAUUUUGAUAGUUUUGGUAAGAGUAAAGCAAGAAUUGUGGAACCUAAAUUUAGGAUGAGCUUAGCUGAAUUGUUAGAUGAGAGUAAGGUGGUGCCAGUAUCUGUUUACGGUGAUUUGGAGGUUGAGAUUACUGGAAUUCAGCAUGAUUCUAGAGUGGUUAGUGCUGGUGAUUUGUUUGUAUGUUGUCUUGGGAGGAAAACUGAUGGGCAUUUGUAUUUGAGCGAGGCUGAUAAGAGAGGAGCAGUUGCGGUGGUUGCUAGCAAAGAGAUUGACAUAGAGGAGACUUUAGGCUGUAAAGCUUUGGUGAUUGUGGAGGAUACUAAUUCAGUAUUGCCUGUAUUGGCUGCCUCUUUUUAUAGGUAUCCAUCAAAGAAUAUGGCAGUGAUUGGGAUAACUGGAACUAAUGGGAAAACAACUACUUCUUAUUUGAUUAAGGGCAUGUAUGAAGCAAUGGGGUUGAGAACAGGAAUGUUGAGCUCACUAGCAUAUUAUAUUCAUGGGGAUAAUAAGUUGGAGUCACCAAACACAACCCCAGAUGCUGUUUUGGUUCAAAAUUUAAUGGCCAAGAUGCUGCAUAACGGGACUGAGGCUGUUGUCAUGGAGGCUUCUUCUCAUGGAUUGGCAUUAGGAAGGUGCAAUGAAGUUGAUUUUGAUAUUGCGGUUUUCACUAAUUUGACAAGGGAUCAUUUGGAUUUUCAUGGGACCGAGGAGGAGUAUAGAGAUGCCAAAGCUAAGUUGUUUUCAAGGAUGGUUGAUCCAGAGAGGCAUAGGAAGGUAGUCAACAUUGAUGACCCAAAUGCCCCUUUCUUUAUUGCACAAGGGAACCCAGAUGUGCCCGUUGUGACAUUUGCGAUGGAGAAUAAGAAAGCAGAUGUACACCCUUUGAAGUUUGAACUGUCACUAUUUGAGACUCAGGUUUUGGUUAAUACUCCUCAUGGGAUAUUGGAGAUCUCUUCAGGAUUGCUUGGAAAGCAUAAUAUUUACAACAUUCUUGCUGCUGUGGCAGUUGGAAUUGCAGUAGGGGCACCAUUGGAGGACAUUGUUAGAGGGAUUGAAGAGGUGGAUGCAGUUCCUGGGAGGUGUGAGUUGAUUGAUGAGGAGCAAGCAUUUGCGGUGGUUGUGGAUUAUGCCCAUACUCCUGAUGCCUUAUCUAGACUACUUGAUUCUGUGAGGGAACUUGCACCUAGGAGAAUAAUUACUGUUAUUGGUUGUGCUGGUGAGAGUGACAGGGGAAAGCGACCAAUGAUGACAAAGAUUGCAACAGAUAAAAGUGAUGUGACUAUUCUGACAUCUGAUAAUCCAAAGACUGAAGAUCCAUUGGAUAUCUUGGAUGACAUGUUGGCCGGUGUAGGAUGGACAAUGCAGGAGUAUUUGAAAUAUGGAGAGAACGAUUAUUACCCACCUCUACCAAAUGGUCAUCGGCUUUUCCUGCAUGAUAUUAGAAGAGUAGCUGUACGUUGUGCUGUUGCCAUGGGUGAAGAAGGGGAUAUGGUUGUGAUUGCUGGUAAAGGUCAUGAAACAUAUCAGACUGAAGGUGACAAAAAGGAGUUCUUUGAUGAUCGAGAGGAAUGUCGGGAAGCAUUGCAGUAUGUUGACGAACUUCACCAGGCAGGAAUAGACACGAGUGAAUUUCCAUGGCGGUUACCAGAGUCUCAUUAAUAUUUGCUUGGAAAGGAAUAUAAUGAGGGGAUGACCAUCAAAUUGAUUACGAAUUUUGCACUCUUGCACUUGAUAAAGAGAACAAGUGUUGAUUCUUUGAAAAUGUGUAGAGUUCCAGGAAGGAUAUACUGCUUUUGCAGAGGCAAUUCAUGAAGUGCAUUAGGCUUUUUAAUCUAAUGACUGCAGUUUUGAUAGCAUAAGAUUUGUAGCAUUGUAUGGAAAUGUAAGUUGUUGAUGAAUUUGUUUGAUAUCAAUCUCAUAUAUAUGCGUUUUAGUA